CGUGCUGACGUCACGGGCCGGGUACUGGAGGAGGUCGCUGGAGGCUGGCUGGGGCGGUGGGCUGCGCGCCGCUUGCUGGGCUGGGUCCCGCGCCCAGCCCGCCGAGUCCCGGCCCUCGGCUCCGCGGUCCCAGGCGGGCGAGACCACGGAGCCACAGUCUCCAGGCCAGCCUGAGGCGGCUAGCCGGAAACCACCCGAUGAGAGGCAGACAGAGCUGAAGUUCGCCUAAGCUUUGCACCCAGCACGUGGACACAUGCAGUAAAAGGAUCCCAAAGAUGCAAGCUAUUUCCUGGAAGCAGAAAGGAUCUCAGUUUGUUUGUUUUUCUCAUGUGGGAAAGAUGUGGUUGAGUAACCUACUGGUACAGGUCACUUCUCUCUAGGGAUGGUGAAGUUGAAAAAAACCUUGUUUAACCCUCCUCUGGGAUGAACCACCUGCCAGAAGACAUGGAGAAUACUCUCACGGGGAGCCAGAGCUCCCAUGCAUCUCUGCGUGAUGUCCAUUCCAUCAACCCAACACAACUCAUGGCCAGGAUCGAGUCCUAUGAGGGAAGGGAAAAGAAAGGCAUCUCUGAUGUCAGGAGGACUUUCUGUUUGUUUGUCACCUUUGACCUCUUAUUUGUAACAUUACUGUGGAUAAUAGAGUUAAAUGUAAAUGGAGGCAUUGAGAACACAUUAGAGAAGGAGGUGAUGCAGUAUGACUACUACUCUUCAUAUUUUGAUAUUUUUCUUUUGGCAGUUUUUCGAUUUAAAGUGUUGAUACUUGCAUAUGCUGUAUGUAAACUGCGCCAUUGGUGGGCCAUAGCGUUGACAACAGCAGUGACCAGUGCCUUUUUAUUAGCAAAAGUGAUCCUCUCAAAGCUUUUCUCUCAAGGGGCAUUUGGCUAUGUGCUACCCAUCAUUUCAUUCAUUCUCGCCUGGAUUGAAACGUGGUUCCUGGAUUUCAAAGUGUUACCUCAAGAAGCAGAAGAGGAAAACAGACUCCUGAUAGUUCAGGAUGCAUCAGAGAGAGCAGCCCUCAUCCCUGCAGGAUUUUCUGAUGGUCAGUUUUAUUCCCCUCCUGAAUCUGAAGCAGGAUCUGAAGAAGAAGCUGAAGAGAAACAGGAUAGUGAAAAGCCACUUUUGGAGUUGUGAGUCCUGCUUUAUAAAUGUGAAGAACCCUCACUGAAGGUCAUCCGAGGGAAAAGGAUGGAGAUGGCAUUUCCCAUUGACAGUUGAAAUGGUGACAUCCCCUGCUGGCCUUGUUGAACGGCUAAUAAAGAAUUUAUUUAUGGUGAUGCCUCAUGACAUCUUCCUACAUCCAUCAUACUCAGUCCCCACUGUGGCUUUCAAGUCAUGUCAUGACUCUUCCUCUGUUCAGUGAGACUCAGUCUGACCUGUUAGUGAGUAACUGAAGGAAAAUCCCUACUGUAUCUGAAUCAAAAGACUUCUUAAUAUAUUGAAAUAACACUUUUGUAGUAAGUGAAAAUACUUUUUAUUUCAAUUCACAGAAUGGAAUUUUUUGUUUCAAGUCGUGGAUUUCUUUUGUAUUUCUUUUUUAACACCCUACAUUUCCCUUGUGUUUUCUAAAUUCAUGCACAUGUGCUCUUUGUACAAUUAAAAAGUAAUAAAAAUCCAAUAUAUCAAGAUGACUAGUUGUGUUUUCAUUGUAUAUUAUGUAUUUGUGAGGUGUUGGAAUAACAAAAG